GCGGGCGGCAGCGGCGGCGGCGGCGGCGGGGGCAGCGGCAGCCCCGGCGCCGCGGCAAGGACUCGGCGGGCUGAGGCGCGGCGGCGGCAGCCGCACGGGGUGCGCGGGGCGCGGCGGCCGGAGCCCGGGGCCCGCCAUGGGCCGCCCCGAGCGGGGCGCGCUCCGGCCGCUGGCGCUGCUGCUGUUGCUGCUGCUGCAGCUCCAGCAUCUCGCGGCGGCGGCAGAUCCACAGCGCGGCGGCGAAGGGCGGGUCAAAGAGUGCGAAGAAGACCAAUUCCGGUGCCGGAAUGAGCGCUGCAUCCCCUCCGUGUGGAGGUGCGACGAGGACGACGACUGCUCGGACAACAGCGACGAGGACGACUGCCCCAAGAAGACCUGUGCGGACAGCGACUUCACCUGUGGCAACGGCCACUGCAUCCCGGAGAGGUGGAAGUGUGAUGGCGAAGAGGAGUGUCCCGACGGCUCCGAUGAGGCAGAGACCACGUGCACCAAACAGGUGUGUCCCGCAGAGAAGCUGAGCUGUGGACCUGCCAGCCACAAGUGCGUGCCCGCCUCGUGGCGCUGCGACGGGGAGAAGGACUGUGAGAGCGGAGCAGACGAGGCUGGCUGUGCCACCUUGUGCGCCCCGCACGAGUUCCAGUGCAGCAACCGCUCCUGCCUGGCCGCCGUGUUCGUGUGUGACGGCGACGACGACUGCGGCGACGGCAGCGACGAGCGCGGCUGCGCCGACCCGGCCUGCGGGCCCCGCGAGUUCCGCUGCGGGGGCGGUGGUGGCGGCGGCGGCGGUGGCGGCGCCUGCAUCCCAGAGCGCUGGGUCUGCGACCGUCAGUUCGACUGCGAGGACCGCUCGGACGAGGCGGCCGAGCUGUGCGGCCGUGCGGGCCCCGGGGCCACCGCCGCGCCCGCCUCCUGCGCCGCGGCCGCCCAGUUCGCCUGCCGCAGCGGCGAGUGCGUGCACCUGGGCUGGCGCUGCGACGGCGACCGCGACUGCAAGGACAAGUCGGACGAGGCCGACUGCCCACUGGGGACCUGCCGUGGGGAUGAGUUCCAGUGUGGGGAUGGGACUUGUGUCCCUACAAUCAAGCGCUGUGACCAGGAACAGGACUGUCUGGACGGGAGUGACGAAGCUGGCUGCUUGCAGGAGUCAACAUGUGAGGGUCCCCGCAGAUUUCAGUGUAAGAGUGGCGAGUGCGUGGACGGCGGGAAAGUGUGUGAUGCUCAAAGGGACUGCCGGGACUGGUCGGAUGAGCCUCUGAAAGAGUGUGGGCUGAACGAGUGUCUGCACAACAAUGGCGGCUGCUCCCACAUCUGCACUGACCUCAAGAUUGGCUUUGAGUGCACGUGCCCAGCAGGCUACCAGCUCCUGGACCAGAAGACCUGUGGCGACAUCGACGAGUGUAAGGAUCCAGACGCCUGCAGCCAGAUCUGUGUCAAUUACAAAGGCUACUUUAAGUGCGAGUGCCACCCGGGUUACGAGAUGGACACGCUGACCAAGAACUGCAAGGCCGUCGCCGGCAGAAGCCCGUCCCUGAUCUUCACUAACCGGCAUGAAGUGCGGAGGAUCGAUCUGGUGAAGCGGGACUACUCACGCCUCAUCCCCAUGCUCAAGAAUGUCGUGGCGCUGGAUGUGGAAGUUGCCACCAAUCGCAUCUACUGGUGUGACCUCUCCUACCGCAAGAUCUACAGCGCCUACAUGGACAAGGCCAGCGACCUGGCAGAGCAGGAGGUCCUCAUUGACAAGCAGCUGCACUCUCCAGAGGGCCUGGCGGUGGACUGGGUCCACAAGCACAUCUACUGGACUGACUCGGGCAACAAGACCAUCUCAGUGGCCACAAUUGAUGGAAGCCGCCGAUGUACUCUCUUCAGCCGUGACCUCAGUGAACCCCGGGCCAUCGCGGUUGACCCCCUGAGAGGGUUCAUGUAUUGGUCUGACUGGGGGUACCAGGCCAAGAUCGAGAAGUCUGGGCUCAAUGGUGUAGACCGGCAAACGCUAGUGUCAGACAACAUUGAAUGGCCCAAUGGAAUCACCCUGGAUUUGCUGAACCAGCGCUUAUACUGGGUAGACUCCAAGCUGCACCAACUCUCCAGCAUUGACCUCAGCGGAGGCAACAGAAAGAUGCUGAUUUCCUCCCCUGACUUCCUGAGCCACCCUUUUGGGAUAGCUGUGUUUGAGGACAAGGUGUUCUGGACAGACCUGGAGAAUGAGGCCAUUUUCAGUGCAAAUCGGCUCAAUGGCCUGGAAAUCUCCAUCCUAGCUGAGAACCUCAAUAACCCACAUGACAUUGUCAUCUUCCAUGAGCUGAAGCAGCCAAGAGCUGCAGAUGCCUGUGAGCUGAGUGCCCAGCCCAAUGGAGGCUGUGAGUACCUGUGCCUUCCUGCUCCUCAGAUCUCCAGCCCCUCUCCCAAGUACACGUGUGCCUGUCCUGACACAAUGUGGCUGGGCCCAGACAUGAAGAGGUGCUACCGAGCACCUCAAUCUACCUCAACUACGAUGUUAGCUCCUACCACAACGAGGACACUAGCCGACACCGCAAGAGCCCCUGGGACCACCGUCCACAGCCUCACCUCCCAGAACCACAGCACAGAGACACCAAGCCUGGCAGCUGUGGUCCCCAGCUCAGUUAGUGUCCCCAGGGCUCCAAGCAUCAGCCCGUCUACCCCAAGCCCUGCGACCAGCAACCACUCCCAGCACUAUGGGAAUGAAGGUGGCAAGAUGGGCUCAACAGUCACUGCUGCUGUCAUUGGGAUCAUCGUGCCCAUGGCGGUAAUAGCCCUGCUGUGCAUGAGUGGCUACCUGAUCUGGAGAAACUGGAAGCGGAAGAACACCAAAAGCAUGAAUUUUGACAACCCAGUGUACAGGAAAACAACCGAAGAAGAAGAAGAAGAUGAGCUCCACAUAGGGAGGACUGCUCAGAUCGGCCAUGUCUAUCCUGCAGCGAUCAGCAGCUUUGAUCACCCACUGUGGGCAGAGCCCUGUCUUGGGGAGACCAGAGAACUGGAAGACCCAGCCCCUGCCCUCAAGGAGCUUUUUGUCUUGCCGGGGGAACCAAGGUCACAGCUGCACCAACUCCCGAAGAACCCUCUUUCCGAGCUGCCUGUCGUCAAGUGCAAGCGAGUGGCAUUAAGCCUUGAAGAUGAUGGACUGCCCUGAGGAUGGGACCACUCCCUUCGUGCCUCAUGGAAUUCGGUCCCAUGCACUACACUCUCUGGAUGGUGUAUGCCUGGAUGAAAGGGUUUUCUGUAUAUGGGUCUGUGUGAGUGAGUGUGUGUAUGUGUAAUUUUUUUUUUAAUUUAUGUUGCAGAAAGGUAACCACAAAGUUAUGAUGAACUGCAAACAUCCAAAGGAUGUGAGAGUUUUUAUAUGUAUAAUGUUUUAUACACUUUUUAACUGGUUGCACUACCCAUGAAGGAGUUCAUGGAAUAGCUACUGCUGAGUGACUAACAUGAUGUACAUAACCAAAUGGGGCUGACGGUCCAGUAGCUUACUCAUCAUUUUAAAACUAUAUUUACAGAGGGUAUUUGGUUUGGGGGGGAUUUUUUAGGUUUUGGAGUUUGGGGUUUGAUUUUUUUUUUUUUUUUUGGCAUAUAAAAUGAUUAUGCUUUGUGGCUAUCCAUCAACAUAAGUAAAAAAAAAAAAAGACGAAGAAGAAGAAAAAAAUACUUCAACUCCCUCCCCCAUUUAGAUUAUUUAUUAACAUAUUUCAAAAAGAAGAUUAGUUCUAUAAAUAACUUAGAGACACGAGAGUAUUUAUUUUUGGUAUGAUUGGCCCACCAUACAGACUCUGUGUGCAUUUACGUUUAUAUGUGUAUGUGUGUGAGAGAGAGAAAUCUGUAGAGAAGAGGCGCACCUGUGGCUGUUGUUCAAGUACAUAAAGAUAAGUAUAUUGUAAAACAGUCCACAGAGGGGUAUCUGUGGUUUUCAGAGAAGCCUUUGGAAAUUUGGCUCAAAAAACAGAUGCCAUGGUUUGGGCAAACAUGUGGUGGGAGAAGCAGAUCUUUUCCACCUCUGGCAAUUUCUAGGACCCCAGUCAGUCAUGAAAGGCCUUGCAGUUCACCUGUGGCUGCCGUGACUCCCACUUGGGCUUUCUCUUCUGUGACUGAGGCCAGUGCACAGGCUUUGCACGGCGCCAGGAGGUCUCAUGAGCUCACAUGAGAAUGUGCCUGAACCUCCGCUACUCCUUGUUGUAAAGCUCA